UACACCGGAAGUAAAGAGUAGCUCCAAAUCAACAUUGGUAAGAAGAGGUGCGUCUCGUAUAACGAUUUUACUUCUAACAGCAAUGUCUUCAGUGGAGUGUUUGAGAGAGUUUGUCAGUGAGCGGCUGACUGCUGCUGCUGAGGAAAUAUUCGGAGUGUUUAAAAGAGCUGUCGUCGAGUACGAGGAGGAGAUCGACCGUCAGCGGAGGCUGCUGGAUCUCUUCUUAAAACCCCAAAUACGGUUACAAAGAACAGAGCUCCCACAGCAACAUGUCUGGAAGGAGGACGUCUUUUCUAAGGAGCAGCUCUGUAACCAGGAGGGGAUCUCAAGUCUGGCUGAGGACCCAGAGCCUCCACAGAUUAAAGAGGAACAGGAGAAACUCUGCAGCAGUCAGGAGGGAGAGCGGCUUAAAUUGAAGCAGGGGACUGAUACAUUCAUGUUGACUCAUACCUUCUCGGAAAAGGACCUAAGUGAACCAGAACUAAACAGUAACCACCAUCUCCUCUCGUUCAGGUCUCAUGUAACUGAGAACAUAGAUGAGGAAGGACAUGAGUUUGAAGUGGCAGGAUCAAGUAGAGACGCAGAAGCAGAACUAAAGAUUAACAGUAACAACAUAUACAACCCCACCAUGUUCAAAAGUCGCUGUGAUAUAAACACAGAUGAAACGCCUGUAAAUUGUGGAACUUGUGGGAGAGUUUUUGAGUGUAGGUUAGAGCUGCAGCAUCAUCUGAACAUCCACAGAAAUGAGAUGUCAUAUUCAUGCAGCACUUGUGGAAAAAGAUUCUGGCAGAUGUCAGAUUUGAAUUCACAUAUAAAAGUACACACAGACGAGAGACCGUACGCUUGCUCCUUCUGUGAAAGAAGAUUCAAACAGAGAGCAGAGCUGAUAAAGCACACAAGAACCCAUACAGGAGACAGGCCGUACUCCUGCCAGACCUGCGGGAAAAGAUUCAGACAGAACUCAGCAUUGAAAAUUCAUACACGAAUUCACACAAAUGAGAGGCCGUAUUCUUGUAAAGUAUGCGGGAAAAGAUUCAGACAGACAUCAGUAUUGAAUAUUCAUACACGAAUCCACACGAACGAGAAGCCUUAUUCUUGUAAAGUAUGCGGGAAAAGUUUCAGGAGCAGAGAUGGCUUGUUGGUCCACACGAGAACUCACACUGGUGAGAAGCCGUAUUCCUGCCAAAUGUGUGGAAAAGUUUUCCGGCAUGUUAAUGUAUUGAAAGUGCACAUGAGAACCCACACAGGGGAGAAACCGUACUUAUGCACAAGCUGUGGGGAAAGUUUCUGUUACAUGUCGGGACUGAAAAGGCACAUGAGAGCCCACAUAGAGGAGCAACAAAGUUGACAUCAGGGAAAGGUUUCUGGUAAGAGAUAUUGGAGAGAUUAGGUCCAAAAAAGUGCCCACAGGGGGGCCGCUGUGCCUUCACAAGACACCUGGUAAAAGGUACCUUAAUACCUCUGAUUUGGAAAUCAUAUCUAAUCAUUCUCAGAUAUGAAGCCUUUAACCUGAAAAGUAUGUGACUUUUACAGUAAGUGCUUCACUGACAGAAAUGUACAAACUCAAACUAGUGAGGAGUAAUAUAUGUGUUGCACUUGAUGGAAAAGUUUUAUAUUUGUGGACUUAAUUAACCCCUGGGAAGGAAAAGUCUUGCAAAGACCUGUUCACUGGUGUUAUGUUGUAAAUAGUAUUUCUCUGAAACAGUUUGCUAUAUUGACAAAAAAAAGGGAUACAUGAUGACUAUUAGAAAUGCACUGGUUGCAGUUGCUUUGUCUGAUUCAAAUUUGGACUUUUCCCAAUUUCCUGUGACUUUUCUUUAAUGAAAAUUCAAUUUUCUGUUCAUAAUAAAGUACUAACUACCAUCCAGAGGCUUUUUAAAAAAAACAAGCUUCCAUGUUCUUUUCAAUCAAAACAAAGCAAACAGUUAAAAUCAAACAAACAAAUAAACAAAAAAAAUACAAGAAAAUAAAUAAGACCUCAUGCAUACAUCAUAUGACCCAUUCAUCAGAAAAACUGUUUUAAAUAAGUACAACAGUGGUUUAGAAAAGCCCAGAAAAUAGCAACUAGAGGUCUAAUGACUUUUUUUUAUGUUGAGUAGAGUUUAAGGAAGAACCUGCUAGGAGAUCUCAGACAGCAGUCAGGCACAAAGGGAGUCAGCAGUUAUCUACUGACAUUCUCUUUACAUUCCCUCAUCUAUCAAAAAAAGGGAAUACAAUCUGAUCUUUUAGGCUAUAAUCUCCUUACUUUAUUAAUCACCUCAGAGUAAAGUAGAAAAAUGUAGUUGAUAAAGAUGGGUAAAGAUUCAAAGCUUGAUUCAUAAGGCAACUGGACUUGGUAGAAAUUGGAGGCAACUUGACCUCUCCCAAGUCCAGUUGCCUUACGGAUCAAGCUUUGAAUUACCAUGACCUGGAUGACUGAGAACAACAAUGUCUCUAAACCCUCUUGUUAACAUCACACAACCCAUAAUGUUGUUUUAAGUAUAACAUAAAUUGAAAUGGACCACAUUUCAAGUAUCAUUAAACAAUCACUUAUGAGAAA